GGCGACCAUAUUGACAGAAGCUCGUGAUUGAAGGAAUAGAGUUGAAGAUAUUGCACGUAUGGUUUCGGCGACAGCCGGCGUCCUUCUCCCGAGACUGCUGCUCUUGUGGAGGAGAUAGUCCACCAGCACAUGGUUGCUAUGAUCCAUCAAGCAUCUGAAGUGGCAACCAUGAGAGGCGACAAGGCAAUCUCUAUAGAGGACAUUCUUUUCCUCCUGAGGAAAGACAAGGUGAAGCUCAAACGUCUCCUACAGUACUACGAGGUCCAGGACUUGAAGAAUGUCGUCAAAAGCUCCUUGGGCGGGAGUGAGGACCCAAAACUGGACGUCAAUAUGGGAUUGGAUAAACGUGCGAUGGGCAAGAACCGCAGAGUUUGUUACGAGUUUCUCUCUUCCAUUGACCAGACUGGAGAGCUGUUGGCAUUGUUCGAUGACAGAGAGCCAGAUGUAGUCAAACAUGAGAGGCUUGUGAGGUCGGAGCUCCAGGCCCGAGGCAUGGACACUCAGCAGUACAUGGACUUCUGUCAGGCCAGACAGGCUAACUUUAGCCGUCGAUACAGUAAGUCUCAGCGGUUCCGUGACUGGCUACAGCUGAACCUCAGCCCGGACAUCAUGCUCAGUGCCACGGCCAUCGACAUCUUCAGCUAUCUAGCGUAUGAGUGUGUUGCUCAGAUCGUAGACCUGGCCCUGCUGGUCAAACAAGACCAGCGAGCUCGGCCCGGGGACCCGACAAGUCGCUACCACCCGCCGCUGAGCGUCAACUACGCCGAACUCCAGGCCAGCAGCUUGUACAACAAGGCAGACACCGCCGACCACUCACAGAGUCCACCAUACGAUAGCGUGACGGGGACUGGAAGUCAGCUGUCUGCCCAGCUCACCGGCACGCAAGCCACAGUCAAUCUGGGCAACUCUCAGAGCUCCGCCGCCAACGCUCAGGCGGUCAGUGCCGCUCUGGGCCGCGCAGGCCUCAAGAAAAAACGCAAAAGGAGUGGGCCUGCGACUGCCCUGGAGGUCUCCUGGGAUAGCACCAUCAUGCCCAGUGAUGUACGAGAGGCCAUACGCAGAUACUACACAGACAUCGGACCCUUUGCAUCCAGUAUGAAAGUGAGCCCUCACUGUUCUCCAUGGUUCAAGACUUUGUGCAGUUGAGUCAUGACUGACAUCAGCUAUGUGCAACUUGCCACUUGCCACAGAGUAUGGGACCUUGAUGCGGAUCAGGAGAAAUACAGCAAAGUCUACUUAAAAUGAAGACUGCAGGACCACAGGAUUUCAUUGGGUUUAACCGGGUUUUUAGUUUAGAAAGGUUGCUCAAAAAGGGCAAAAAAAUAUGUGAUUUUAUAGAUACAUAUAUUUCUUUCGGUUUCCUUCUGUUUUCGGAUUAACCAUGUUUGGUUUUAGUUGACUCCGCUGGUGUCUCCUUUGCUCUCUCUUUCAUUGAGGGAAACAGAAAGGAAUUAUAAAUAGCACGUCUAAGUGACUGCAUCUGGAACCAAAAAUUUAUGUUAUUAAUUCAAAGGCAAUGAAAUAAGGCACACUGUGUUUUUUUUAAACUACGGCAACAUGAGACUUCCCUAUUUAGAGUUAAAUUUAAAUAGUGUUUUUGUACGAAAUUGUACAGUUGACCUCUGCUGUAACGGGACAGUGGGGACGAAAGUGAUGCCCCUGUUAAAGCCGAGUCCUGUUGUUAUAGGCAGGGAUCAAGUUUAAUACUGCUACUUAUGAUUAAAUAAAACAAAUGGGAUCAUUUUCAUUACAUACUAAACUAGAUAAGUUACCACAGAUUUAUCACUUUAUUACCCCUUUCUUUUGUAGUGAUAUAUUUUUACUCCACAUCUUUAGCCUCCUUUUUCUAGUAUCUUUUCUUCCUAUCUCAUGGGUUUUAGAUGCAUGGGUAGCAAUAAUAAUUUAUUUGUGUUCUUUUGUAGCGCACAUCCUUGCUCCACGGUCUGCAUGCUUUACAAGUAGCAAUUAGGAAAAGGAACACACAUAGAAGUGUGAUUGAUAUAGCAGCGAGUAGACUAUGUACUUUUCAUUCUAUCAUAUUAAAUAUUAUCUAUGAUACAAGUCUUGCCACCCCAAGGGGAAACAGUAUAAUGAUGUUUUGCUUGACAAAGGCCACACAAAGUCACUGACUGGAUUUUCAUCAACACCAAAGUGCAUCCACGUCUCCCCUCCCAUCCCCUGCACACACAGUGUAUGACACAUCAUAAAAUGUUGUGUACACAAACAACUUCUAAUGAGGCCUGUUUUGAUUCACGUAGAAGCAACUCGCUGUUUUGGAUGUUGUUUUGCUUCAUUGCUUUUUUGCUACUGUCUUUUCUGUUUCCCGUUUGCUUGCAAUAGGAUUUUAUUGAUGGUUUGACCUCUGUUAAGGUUGAACAUGUCUCUCUGAAUACCUGCUAUGAAUGCACUUUUUCAUUAAACGUUAUAGGAGACUAGAUUUGAGGAUUUAUUGUAAGCAUGCUAUAGCUGGAAUCCUGUUUUAGCUGUGACUAUUAUAAUAUGGAGCCCACUGUAUAGGUUUAACCCCCCCCCCCCCCCCCACACACACACACACACAACACUGUAAGGUUAUUUUUAAAGAUUGGCUUUGAAUCUGAAUUCUAGUUAUAGGAUUUUGUCUAUGGUUUGACCAAAGUUAUGGUUGAGGAUGUGUCUCUGAAAUGUCUGCUAUAAAAAAGAGACUGGAUUCGAGUAUUUAUUAUAAGCCUGCUUCAGCUGGCAUCCUGUUUUAAACGUUACUGUUAUAAGUGGGGCUCACUGUAUAGGUUUUUAAAAAACCCUGCCACACUGUUAGGUUAUUUAAGAGGCAGGCUUUGAGUUUGAAACCCUCAAAAUAGAACAGAAACCAUUGCUAGUGUCCUCAGUACUUUUACAUUCCUGAGUUCAGUUUAUCACUUUGCACAUGUCAGGACAUUGUUUUAUGCAUUUCUUCUGUGGUGGCUUUUAUCGGUGUGGCCAAGUUACUAUAUUAUUUAAUAUCCAUGAAGCUUUCUUCUUUAGUAGGGUAUCACUGGCAGACUUUAUUUCUCUGUGCAAACUUCUGGAA